AUGGUCGUUAUCACAUUGAUACUGAUUAUUCUUAUUAUAUUAAUGUAUAAUUAUUACGUGCAUUAUGGACGAAAUGGGCGCCUUAUCAAUCGUAUACCGGGACCACCAGGAUAUCCAAUUAUUGGUCAUAUAUUGUUACUGCAAGGUUCACUAGAAAAUCUCUGGGAACUUCUGAUUACAAUAACUGAUCAAUAUUAUCCGAUUUGUAAAAUUUGGGGAUUUUUUACGGCCUUUGUAUCUAUUCGUCAUCCGGAUGAUAUGGAGGCAAUAUUAAAUAACAUGAAACAUAUCAAUAAGAGUAUGAUUUAUGAUAUUUUACUUCCUUGGUUCAAUACGGGUCUUCUCACUAGUGGAGGCGCUAAGUGGCAAUUUCGACGAAAGAUAUUAACUCCAGCAUUUCAUUUUAAUAUAUUACAGCAUUUUGUUGAAAUUUUGAUCGAGGAGGGCGAAAAUAUGACAAAAUCUUUAAAGAAUUCAGGAGGCACUGUUGUAAGAGAUUUAAUACCGUUUAUUAGUGAACAUACGCUGAAUGCAGUAUGCGAAACUGCUAUGGGCACUUCUUUACAAAACCAAGGUGCGUUCCAACAACGAUAUCGAAAAGCGGUUUACCAAAUGGGCGAAAUUAUCAUGUACAGGUUAACGAGACAAUGGCUGCAAAAUAAUUGGAUCUUCUCGUUGAUACCAAAAGGUAGAAAACAAGCAAAGAUUUUGAAAAUACUACACGGAUUUACUGAACAAAUUAUUGCAGAAAGGAAACUUUAUCAUGAAUGUACAAAUGAUCAAUACUUAAAAAAUUUUAAUAGUAACACAAUGACAGAGACAAGUGAUGUAGAAACGAUUAAAAUUCGGAAAAAGCGGCUUGCAUUGUUGGAUCUUCUAAUAGCGGCGUCUCGAGAAGGUCUCUUAACUGAUUUAGAUAUCAGAGAAGAAGUGGACACUUUUAUGUUUGAGGGCCAUGAUACUACAGCAAAGGGUAUAUGUUUUGCUCUUUUAUUACUAGCUGAACAUAAGGAUAUUCAGAAUCGUGUCAGAGAUGAAAUCAAGACUGCUAUGGAAGAAAAUGGAAAGAAAUUUACUAUAAAUAUCUUGCAUAACUUGUCAUAUUUAGAUAGAUGUUUAAAAGAAACAUUGCGUUUGUAUCCCAGCGUCUAUUUCAUAUCACGAAUUACAGCGGAAGAUGUAAAAUUACAGUCGUAUAUAAUACCUGUUAAAACAAUUGUGCAUCUUAAUAUCUAUGGACUCCAUAGGGAUCCAAAUUUUUGGCCAAAUCCAGAGAUAUUUGAUCCAGACAGAUUUUUGUUUGAAAAAAUUCGAAAUCGUCAUCCUUACUCAUAUUUACCAUUCAGUGCUGGACCACGUAACUGCAUUGGCCAACGAUUUGCUAUGUUGGAGAUGAAGGCAAUAAUAGCCUCUCUGAUUCAUAAUUUCUACUUGGAGCCCAUUGAUUACUUAAAGGACCUGCGAAUGGAAGUUGAUUUAGUGUUACGCCCUGCUCAUCCGCUUCGUGUAAGAUUUGUUCCCAUCGUUAAAAUAACGCAGCUUUUCAAUAUAAAUGCACUCCGCUGUAAUCAACACAAGCAAGUCUAUCUGAAGAUAUUAGGCAGUGCAAAGGAGCAUCUUUCAAAAGGCUACAUAUAUAAUUCUUUAGUUCCUUGGUUAGGAACUGGAUUGCUUACUAGCGAAGAAACCGCUAUGGGUACAUCCUUACAAGAAAUGGAUGAAUGUCAAGAGCAAUAUCGUCAGGCAAUUCAUAAUAUAGGAAAUAUUUUAAUUUAUAGAAUAAUGAAACCAUGGUUAGCUUCCAAUUUGAUAUUUUCAUUGACACCAAUGGGUAAAAAAUUUUAUAAAAAUUUAAAAAUAUUACACGGUUUCACUGAAAAAAUUAUUGCGGAAAGAAAACAAUAUCAUGAAAGGACUGGUGGACGAUACUUGAAAAAUUUUGAUGAUACAGAAAUAGACGAUGAAGAAAUAAUAGGAAUUAAGAGAAAGCGACUCGCUAUGCUGGAUCUUUUGAUAGCGGCAGCUCGUGAUAACAAAAUAAAUGAUGUAGAUGUCAGAGAAGAAGUAGAUACUUUUGUAUUCGAAGGACAUGAUACCGUAGCAAUGGGUCUAACUUAUGCAAUAUUAGUGAUAGCUGAGCACAAAGAUGUUCAGGAACGUGCUAGAAGUGAAAUUAGUGCAAUCAUGGAAGAAAAUGGAGGAAAGCUUACCUUAUCAGCGUUAAGUAAUAUGCCAUAUUUAGAAAGAUGUUUGAAAGAAUCGUUAAGAUUAUAUCCUAGCGUUCCUUUCAUAUCACGAGUUUUAUCAGAAGAUGUAAAAACACAAACACAUUUGGUACCUUCUGGAACAGUUAUUCAUAUAAAUAUUUUCGAUAUUCAUAGAGAUCCAAAUUUCUGGUCAAAUCCAGAUGUAUUCGAUCCAGACAGAUUUUUGCCUGAGAAAAUUAAUAAACGUCAUCCUUAUUCUUACUUACCGUUUAGCGCAGGACCACGAAAUUGCAUAGGACAACGAUUUGCCAUGAUCGAAUUAAAAGUUAUGAUGGCGACGUUGAUAUAUAAUUUUUAUUUGGAACCCGUCGAUUAUUUAAAGGAUCUUCGAUUUAUGACGGAUAUAAUAAGCCGUGUUACACAGAAAAUCCGUGUACGAUUUGUCCCAAUUGAUCGUACACCUUCUGAUUCAUCUAAAGUCAUAUAA